CUGUUGACCUCUACUGCUCAGCUGGAAUUGCAGAAUUACAUAGCAUCUAUUCAGCCAGAUCUAGCAGUAGCCCUUGAAACGUUGCAGCCAGCAGCUGUGUGGGUUUUUAUUCGUUAGAUAAGGAUAAGGAUUCUUGGUCACCUUGAGGAAGAAUUAAGGGGUUGAUUCCUUAUUGUACAUUAGCCCUUUGUAUUUUGCAUUUUUUGCUAAUAGCACAGGAACAAACUCUUCUGUAAGUCCACCUACCCAGCAUGUUAAGUCACUGUUGAACUCCUAAUAUAAGCAGCAUGUUUGUUUUAAACUGAAUGUCCUCUGAGAUCAGGAGCAGCACAGCAGUAAAGUGUGUUAACAUCAGGAUUGUUCCCAAGGCUGAGUUACUCUGCACCGUGCUGCAUCAGCCUCCUCUUCCUCUUCCCGCUGUCUCUCUGAGCGGCUCGCUGUCCGCUGCAUUCAGCUAGUUUGGCUUUUCCCAUGCUUCUCUUCACUAUACAUAGCAUUACCUCAGCAUACAGUCACUGCAACAUAUGAGCAGGCUCCUCUUCCCUCCGCUGUCCGUACCCAUUCACCAGCCUUGCAUGUAUCUCUCUGCACCUUGUGCCGUCACAACAGAACUGUAAUUAAUGUAUGAAGUAAUCUAACGGUGUGGGGAAUGUUUCAUUGUUGGUUUGGCGAUGCUCUCUGCUUAAUUAGAAAUCUGUCAAAGGAGUGAUCAUCAACUCAUUGCAGCAACUGUGACUCUGGCUUCUUUUCCAGUUUCUGAAAAUGUUUUAAGGGAUUACAGAGAUCUGUACCCUGAUGCCCAGGCUGAGACGUGCAGUCUGUAAGCUGUGUCUGAACACCUCAUAACCCUUUCUUAAUCAACCCAUAACUGAAAUACUUGCAUUGGUUUGGGACGAUGCAAUAAAAACGGCUAUGUUUAGCAUCAUAAUGUUGAAUAUAUCAAAGUGUGAUGCUUCUUACUGAUUCUUUAGGCACUUGUUGCGUGUGUACUGCAACAAACGACUACCUGGAAAGGAUAUUUUGCUGCAUCAAUCCUAACCGAGCUAACGUGAACAGAUGUGUACUCCUGUGAAACAAUGUGAAGUCCUGAAAGUUCCAAAUGUUUAGAUUCCAGAGCAACUCCUUUGCCAGAUGUGCCAUUGUUUGCAGCGUAUUGGUUGGGAUACCGGAGGGGUCUUUCCAAACCUCCACCCCUUCACAGCCACCCCGUAAACACAUUAACCCUGUGUCUGUUUCCCCCUCUCCCUCCUCCUCCUCUUCAACCACUCCUCCUCUUCCUCUCCUUGUCUCUCUCCCUCUGCGCGCCCCAUCUGCCUAACUCCAGUUUCAUUGGACAACCAGCACAUGCUGCACUACAUCCGGGAUAAGACGGCUGUGCCAUAUUUCAGUAACUUGGUCUGGUUCAUCGGCAGCCAUGUCAUCGAACUGGACAAGUGUGUGCAGACGGAUGAAGAACAUAGGAACAGAGGGAAGUUAAGUGACCUGGUGGCGGAGCACCUGGACCACCUGCACUACCUGAACGACAUCCUCAUCAUCAACUGUGAAUUCCUUAAUGACGUGCUGACCGACCACCUCCUCAACCGCCUGUUCCUGCCCCUCUACGUCUACUCUUUGGUUAUCCCCGAAACGUCUGAAGAGCGAAAGAUCAACCCUCAGGUGUCCCUCUACCUGCUGUCUCAAGUGUUUCUGAUCAUCCACUACCAGCCGAUGGUCAACGCUCUGGCCGAAGUGAUUCUGAACGGAGACCUGUCCGUGUUCACCCCACAGACCGAUAUUCACAGCACACACAAGAACACGGCCAGUGCAGGAGCUGUGCGUCGCUUCACGAAGCCCUCGGAGUCUCUGGAGCGAUCCUUGGAGCUGUCACGACACCGCGGCCGAAAGAGAACUCAGAAGAGGCCAAAUUACAAGAACCUGGGCGAGGAGGAGGAUGAUGAAAGGGCCGGGGGAGGGGGAGGAGGAGGAGGAGGCAGCGGCGGGGGAGGCGGUGCGGAGGAGGGCUGGGACGAUGACGGCAGAGGAGGAGAGAGAGAGGGAGGCAGGGAGAAGGGCAAAGGUACAGAGGGAGUAGGAGGAGGAGGUGAUAGGAGCUCUAAGGGAAGCAGAGCGAGUGGGGAGACAGCGGAAGAGAUCGAGAUGGUGGUGAUGGAGAAGUGCAAGGUGUCGGAGCUGACGGAGCAGAACAUCACUGAUGAGGAGAAGACGGCCGCAGCCACCCGCACACACACACAGAGGAGCAGACCAUUCUUAGACAUGGUGUACAGCGCUCUGGACUGCACCACUGACGACUACCACGCCCUGUUCGUCCUCUGCCUGCUCUAUGCUGUCUCUCACAGCAAAGGUAUAAACCGAGAUCUUCUGGAGCGUCUGCAGCUGCCGGUCCCUGAACAGGAAAAGAGCUGCUACAGCCAGGUGCUGGUAGAGAGACUGAUCAGAGUGAUGAGCCAGGCAGCACAGCCAGAUGGUAAAGUGCGUCUGGCUACGCUGGAGCUGAGCUGCCUGUUGUUAAAGCAGUCGGUGCUGUCUGGAAACCAGUGCAUCAUCAAGGAUGUUCACCUGGCCUGCCUGGAGGGUGGUAGAGAAGAAAGUCUGGAUUUACUGAGGAGAUUCUACAAGGGCGAGGAGAUCUUUCUGGACAUGUUUGAGGAUGAAUACAGGAGCAUGACGAGUAAACCUCUGAAUGUGGAGUAUCUAAUGAUGGACGCCUCGGUGCUGCUGCCACCCACCGGGACCCCUCUGACCGGCAUCGACUUUGUCAAAAGACUUCCCUGUGGAGACGUGGAGAAGACGCGCAGGGCGAUCCGUGUCUUCUUCAUGCUGCGGUCCUUAUCGCUUCAGCUCCAGGGAGAACCUGAGACGCAGCUGCCUCUGACCCGACCGGAAGACCUCAUCAAGACCGACGAUGUCUUAGACCUCAAUAACAGUGACCUUAUUGCCUGCAUGGUGGUCAGUAAAGACGGAGGCCAGGCGCAGAGGUUCCUCGCUGUCGAUGUGUACCAGAUGAGUUUGGUGGAACCGGAAACCAAACGCCUCGGAUGGGGUGUGGUGAAGUUCGCCGGCCUUCUGCAAGACAUGCAGGUGUCUGGCGUGGAGGACGACAGCAGAGCGCUAAACAUCGUCAUCCAUAAGCCCAGCGCCAACCCCCACGCCAAGCCCCUGCCCAUCCUGCAGGCCAACUUCAUCUUCGCCGACCACAUCCGCUGCAUCAUCGCCAAGCAGCGGCUGGCCAAGGGCCGCAUCCAGGCCCGACGCAUGAAGAUGCAGAGGAUCGCAGUUCUGUUGGACCUGCCGGUGCAGCCCAGUGCGUCAGAGGUGUUGGGUUUCGGUCAGACCUCCAACGCUUCAGCCAGCGGUCUGCCUUUCCGAUUCUACGAGCAGUCGAGACGGUCGCCCAACGACCCAACAGCAAACCGAGCCGUCUUCGCCUCUGUAGAUAAAGUACCAGGUUUCGCAGUGGCUCACUGUGUGUCGCACAGCCCCUCACCCCUCUCCUCCCCCUCGCCUCCCUCCAGUGGGAGUGGGAGCACAGGACGAUGUGACUCUGUUACUGCGAGCACUGUAUCGGCUCAGAGCCCCACAGACGAUGCUGCAUUUCUGGAGCACACCCCCCCCUCCUCCUCAGUGGGAGACGGUGAGGGUGGAGAUGUAACGCUCGUCUCCUCUGCCCCAGCUCUGGCCCCGAGCCUCACCCCGGCGUCGCAGCCCACCAUAUCCCUCCUCACCGACAACAGCGCAGAGACACUCAGCGUGGAGUCGCUCACGCUGCUGCCCCCCUCCGACUCACCUCACCUGCACCCCUGCACAAGCCACACCCCUGCCAAACACUCCCUCCAGAGACCAGACGCCAUCAUCGCAGAGGAGGAGGAGAAUGACGAAGGGAUAGAGGCAGAGAGGAAAAAGGAGGAGCUGCAAGACAGGUCGCCGGAGGACGAGGCGGUAAAAGAGGACACCACUGACGAGGCUCCAGAAGAGGCGGAGGGAGGAGAUGAAGACGCUCCUGUAGAGGUGAAUUCAGACCAACUCUCAGCUGCAGAGUGUGUAUCAGAAGACACAGACACACACAGUGACACACCAGACUCUCCUGAGCUGGAUUAAACCACACAGACACACACAUGUUCAUGCACUUAAACAUAUCUCCCACACACAGAGGACAUACUCCAGCUCUACUGCAGUAUAUUUUCCUGUUGCGACCUGUAGAUAUUCGUCAGAGGAUUUUGAAAGCACUUCAGCAUUUGCACAUGAAGGAAGACUCUUUUUACUCCCAGAGAACUAUUGGAGGAAGGCUUAAAGCACAUUUGGGUUUCCGAGCACUCGAGUGUGUGCGGUUGUGUUUUCAGCGAGCGUGUGUAAAGGCGCGCAACCAGCAACGUUUUGUACUCAUAGCGAUUGUUUGUCAUCUCAAAGACACACACACAUACACACACGCUGCGCUGUGAGGUUUCACAAACCCGCUGUAGUGUUGUGUCUUACGUUCACCACUAAGGAUUUGUGGUGGUGGUCACUUCUAUGCUAACACACACACAUGCUGUACACACAACAGUCAGCUGCACUUGCCUUUGAACUGCUGUUUGUCACACCUGUUAGCAGUUACUGCCACGUAGAACUGCCACCUGGUGUGUGUGUGUAUGGGCUCCAAUGAUUUAGCUACCUAGGUUGUGUGUGUGUGUGUUUUUUACUUUUAGGUUUAAAGUUACCCAUUAGCUUCCACAUUUACUCCUGCAGGGUGGUUAAAGAGGGGGGAGCGAGUUUCAUACUGUAAACUUUUCAUUUGAUGUUAGCUCGAAAUGUGAAGUGUCCUCCCCUCUAUUAAGCGUGGAUAUGUUCAUCUCGGGAUGCCGGAUGAGGUGUGUGAAAGCAGCUUUUUGAAUGUCAUCACAGCCAGCACACACUCUGUUUCCGUCUUGUGGAUCUCUCGGGCUGACAGUUUAUCACGGGUUGCUUGAGUGCCGUGUAAAACGCUUUUUGUUUUUCCAAUAUGCAACAGUAAUCAACCAACCUUGACCUCAUUGGAUUUGCUUUUAUUUUCAAUUUCUACAUCACCAACCCUCUUCCCGUGUCUAAUUUGUAAAGGUCAUAGCCUGUAUUGUGGUUUCCACCAAUCAGAACCCUGACUGAGAGAAUAAUUGAUUUGAAGCAGCUGAAUGGAGCUGAAUAAGUGGUAAAGCCAUUAUAAAAUAUGGAUAGCAAUUUACUGAGGAGUAGUAAAUGAUUCACAGUCAGGCGUUCAUUCAUGUCUAUAAAUGGCAUUUCCGUCUGUCGCAACACCGGUGAACUUAUGGUAUACUCAUCUGAAAUAAUGAGUAUUUUUGAUAUAAUUAAAAGAGACACCGUUUGGAGUAACAUCCCUUUCUUCAGUUCUGCACUCUACCACAACACUGGGUUGAAUGUAUCUGCUGGCGGCCCCUCAGACACUGACCUGAGUUCACUUUCACUCUCCAUGAGUGUGUUUAAGUAGAUGAACUCCCUCAAAAACUCCAUUGUCUGGUUGGAAACACCUUUCUAAGUUCAUAAACACAGGAAAAACACACAAAAGGAAAAAACCAAAUAAGAAAAUCCCCAUCCAAGUAGAGGUUAACUCUAAAAUAUAAGUAGAAUUUCCUUAAUUUCGCACAGUUUUGUUUAAAAUCUGCUCAAAUAUCAAGUAACCCAACAACACAAAAGCAUAAGCAUUUAUUUCUUCAGAAGCUGCUCUGAGGUCAGUGUCCCCCACUUCCUUUAAUCAGCUGCAUAAAGCUUUACUACUGCAAUAAUGUAAAGAGCUAACCAAGGAGGCGAGAGAUGAAUGUAACGGACGACUUAUCUCUCCAGACAGCGGUGUUAAAUCUUCAUUUUGACGGGCGUCAGUGUGUUUUAUCUUUCAUUCGUCACUUGAUUUAAUAAUCGUAGGAACAAAAGCAGUGUCACAGAUUCUCUAGAAUAUAAAACUCCUCUAAUAUAGUUUUAAAUCCUUUUAGUUAGUGUCAUUUCCCUUUACUUUCUCUGCUGUUAUCUUGCAGCUAAAGUCUUAAUGCUCGACAUUUCUUAUUUUUUAACUCUGUACAGUCAUCGACAAGAUUAUAAAGGAGAAAUUAAGAGCAAUACUUUCUUUUUGUUGUCCUUCUAUUUCCAUCUUGCUGCUGUACAUAGCAGAAGGAUGAUAGUGAUGAUCACUGGCGUGCUGAAGAGGCUUGGCACAAUUUGUAAAGCAGCUUCUGAUGGUUCAUGCCGCCGUGUUGCCUUCAAACAUGGCCGCAUGUCUCCUGUUACCAUUGGCAGCCUCUAUCCACACACCUCAUGACAAGCUUCCAUUAUUGAGUCUCUGAUUGUAGUGUGUGUGUGUAUGUAAUAUGUUUAUAUGCUCUGUAAAUGCUUUUUGCUUUUCAAAAAACCCUGUAAUUAUUGUUAAUUAACUGAAACAGAGGAAUAAAUAAAGAACUGCAAUAAAUUAUUCUACUUAACAACAGUGA